CUGAUGUUUAUUUACAAACGAGUUCAACACAUGUGGAUGGCGAAGCACCCGGAAUUUAUUGGUUUUAUACUCUGAUAAAAAGUUUAGUUUUCUAUUGAAAUUUGUAAAAAUUGAAGCCCAAAUAAAAGUUUGUCGGAAUUUGUGAGUUUUAUCGCAGGAUUAUCAUAAUGUCGGACACAAUCAAAGUUGGAGACUACAUCGUGGUGAAACGACAAAAGUACACUAAGCUCCAAAAGUUCACCAACCUGGAUACCGUGGUCCAUCUGGGCAAGGAUCAAAUCGAACUGCGCCAUGCCGACAAUCAGCCGUACCACACGACGUUCCAGCUGGUACCCAAGGAGGGACGGAAUAAACGUCUGUUCACGCUGGAUCCAGUGCAAACCGUUUCCGAGAUAAGAAAUCUCAAGGAACUGCUGAUCAAGGAAAGUGGCACCGAUAACCGGAACAUUGUGGAUGACCGUAGCACCCAAGGGCUUUCGGCCGAAGAGAUUCUGAAGCUGCGCGAAGAAUGCGAAUCAUCGUCGGAGGUGAUUGGAAAGUUGGUGGAGAAUUCCAAGAGUUUUGCCGCCAAGACAGAAUACUCCCAAGAGAAGUAUUUGAAGCGUAAGGAAAAGAAGUAUUUCGAAUACGUCGAAAUCCGGCGACCGUCCAUCAGGUUGAUAGCGGACGUCUAUUGGCGAUUGGAUGCUGAUAAAGUGAUGGGCGUCCGUUUCGAUACGCUGUCGCAGAUUAUUUCCUACAGUGGCGUUUGUGGGAUCGGUCGUUUCUUGUUAUACGAAUCGGGAACAAAUGGUUUACUGCCAGCCGCUUUCAUCAAUUCUAUUGGGGCUGAAACCGAGGCCAAGUUGGUUCAUAUGCACCCGGGAAAUGUAGCCCAGAAGCAAGCCAUUCAAGCGAUGAAUUUUAAGCCGGAACAAUUAAACAGAUGCAUUUCUGUUAAUUUGUACUCAGUUUUGAGACAUUUUUACCAAGAAGGUAAGGCAGAAGUUAGCGAGCCGAGUACACCAUCUGAAGAGCCAAAGAUGGAGGAAGAAGUGACAAAAGACGAUAACGUGGACCAGAUGCCAAGCAGCCGAAGUUGGACGAAGAGAAGGAAUCAGUUAAAAAAACAAUCAUGGGAAUUGGAGAAUGCCGCUGCAGUUGAGUUGAUGAAGGAGAAAUUUGACGCAUUGGUCAUCAUUGCAAAGGAACAUCCCUACAAUAUCAUCAAAGCACUGCUACCGUUCGUCAAACCCAGUCGUCCGGUGGUGGUGUUCAACACGACCAAGGAAAUACUGCUCGAGUGCUACAUGGAUCUGAAGUCGAGCGCCAGUGUUACCUAUUUGCGGGUCACUUCCAACUGGAUGCGAAACCUGCAAAUUUUGCCAAACCGUACACAUCCGGAUGUGGUCAUGUCCGGUAACAGUGGGUACCUUCUCACGGGGUACACUAUUCAAUGAUAUGGGUUGUGCUAGGAACUUUGACUUUGUAUAUUUUAUGACAAAUAAAAUAUUAUCCUGAUGUA